CUCGUUUAACUUUGUGAGUCAUGGCUGAAUUGGCCGCGAGCAUCAUUGGCAUCGUGUCAGCCGGCACGAAGGUCACUCUUGUCCUCUCACAGCUAGCAGCUGAUGUAGGCUCAGCGGGCAAGGAAGCUCGAAUGAUCGGCAGUGAAAUCAGAGCUCUUUGCGCGGUCGUCAAGACAUUGGGAGAGACAUUGGAGCAGGUCCAAGAUUCGGCAUAUUAUUCACACUGUGCCGAGAUGACCAAAGACAUGACUGAGGCUAGUAUGGAAAUGUUCACGGAAAUCCUUGAUGCAUCCGAGAGUGUCCGGGGCAUGUCGAAAGGAAAAGAUGGGAAAUUUGGGCUCGUUGGAAAGCUUCAAUGGGUUGUCUUCCAAAAGCCUAAGAUUACUAUCCUGCGAGCUGCCUUGGAGGCAUAUAAAUCGAACCUGGCGCUCAUGUUGGGAACGCUCAACACAGCAGAGAAAGUAACGCGGCGGGCGUCAAUGAAGAAUACUCCAGAGAUUAUUAUAGAAGAAGAGCAAGACCGCUCGUUCCUACAAAGUCUCCAACUUGAACACCGUGCCUCCAUGAUUGAGUUGGAACAAGCGGAGCGCGAAUUCAAAGAAUACUCUGCUGCAAUGGCAAAGGAAGUUCAUCUAUCCGAACAUUUGUCGAAUUUGUCAGAGACCCUUCAAAACCCCCCAGGCCCGAAGCAACCUAUUGGAGAAUACUCUCCGACCGAUACCUUAGUGGGCUCAGUGCGUGAGGAAAUUGAAUAUAUCCGCUCUAGCCUCUCGAGGAGAUUAUCUUUUGAACCAGAAACUGUUCAGGAGCAGGUUUCUCGACACAGCCAGAGACUCUCCGCGUUAAUGUCGGAAGAUCAGAAAAGGAUCAGUCAACGGUGGUCUACUGUCCUAUCCUCUUCUUCUUAUGGAACUACACCUACUCGAUACCUUCCACAAUCCUGGAUACCUUCACAUCAACGACGACCCUCUCCUGUGAUUAACGGGAGAAUAUCGCCGGCAUCUGAAAGUGCCUGGACAUCGAAUGUCUUAUCAGACCCCUUCUAUGGAAUUGUCCGUACUUGGCUAAUCGAACGUUCAUUUGAAGAUCGACGGAUAAUCUUGGGGACGCUGAUGAACGAUGUUGGCGGGAUAUCACCAAGAUCGCCGAGUAGUGACAACCUUCAACGUGAGAGAUAUCGUUCACCAAAGCAUCCGACUCCAACCAAAACGUCUAAGUGGGAGACAAAAACUGUUAAAGGCAUGGUGGAUCCAAGAAAUGGAGGGGGUGGCCUGCAACCACGAGAAAUCAAUCGACUAGUCAAAGAGCAAGUCAUCGCCCACGACCUCAAAAUCAAAAAUACGACUCACGAUUCUAUGAUACCUUCAAGCGAAUAUCCUGGGCUUACCAUCGAUCUUAGCUAUAAGAAAAUCGAUGAUCUCCCGGAGCAAAUUGUUGAUGUUCUGCGAUUUCAUCUCGAACGGUUAGCAUUGAGUCACAACAAUCUGGAACAAAUCCCCAGCAACCUGGUAUUAUGCUCGCGUCUUCGUUAUUUAAAUUUGCGUGGCAAUAAAUUCGAAGUCAUUCCUAGCGCUAUAUUAGAGCUUGCAUCACUCGAGAUCUUAGACAUGGCCAGAAAUCGCCUUCGAGCUAUUCCUGGGAGCAUCUCGAAGCUUACAUCGCUCAAAGUUCUUUCUGUGAUCGGAAAUGACAUUAAAGGCCUGCCAUUUUCCAUGGGUGAUAUGAAGGCUCUCCAGAUUUUCAAAUACCAAAGGAACCCCGUAAUAUUCCCGAGCGCCGAAGCGUUGGAGAAUGCGAUGAAAACUCACUACCCUACCCUGGACACCAACCUUUCUGACGAUGAAAUGUCAGUUCGGAGAACUCAUUGUGUGAAAAAGUAUUUAAAGGAGUAUCCAGCGACAAUAUCAGGAGAAAAUGCACGGGCAAUACUAAGGCUUUCAUUGAAUAACUCCGCGCCUUCGUCAACUCAGCCAGCAGCACCUCCUACGGAUACGCUCCCUGGCUUGGCCUCACCGCCAACGCUUUCGUUAGGCAAAGACUCCCCAACAUCAUCCCUCCAACCCUCGCCAUCUACGUCACCCAGACGAAAAAAAAUUCCAGCGAUGAAGCGAUAUCAGAUACCACCAUCACCAUUCCCUCGAACAAAAUCUCCAAGGCAACAUAUUGAUAAGGCCAAAAUAUCGUCUCCGAUAGCACUAAUCACAACCAAUAUGCAGGCCAAUAAUGCGCCGGAUAUUGGCACCCUGCGGCAUGCCUCCUCUGCAGUUGAACUUAGUAUACAGAGGACAGAGGGCCAAAUGCGGAGGCCGGCCCAUGUGAGUGUCCAGAUUACGGCUAAUAAUACCAAUAAAAGGAAGAAGACAGGUGAAGGAAAGGACACCUCGGGAUCUCACUCCGAGAUAUCGCCUCUCAUUUCGAUUACAUCAGACGAGAGCCCCUCGACAAUCCUAACCCCUCCUUCACCUCGACGACAGUCUCAUUUCGAGACGUUGAGCUUGCUAGAGGGUUCUACCUCGGCUCAAAAAUCGGCGCAUCGGCGAUUCCAUUCACAAGACGCUUCCAGAGAGCGAAAUUCUGACCUUCUCAUCGCACCCGAAGGAGCUUCGAGACGGCAUUCUAAUAUCGACGCGCUUGGCGGGAAUUGGAAACGACAUUCAUUCCUCCUUAGCCCCACAGAGCUCAUCCUUCCAUCUCAGAAGAAUGAGAGUGAGUUGUUGGCCAAUUUGGAUGGUGCACCUGUGGAUGACGUGGUCACCUCUCCGUCACCAGCAUCGGCAUCAGGCUCAGGAGGUGUGGUAGAUGACGCUCGGGCCUCACCGUCCUCGUUGACUGAGGCGUCUGAUGAUCUUUCACGGCAUACAGUAAUAUGGAGAGGGGGCGCAGGCGAAAGAAAGCGCAUGUAA